CCGCAAAAGCAGCAUUUCCUCGUCAAUAGAGCCCCCGCUUAUCUCCAUGGACGGCUCCCUUCCUCUAGCUCGGAGCCAAGCUUAUCCCCCACAUACCUGGGUAGACAUGCCGGCCGGAUCAUGAUGCGAUACAAGGGUAGCAUUGCGUUACAGGAUUCAAAAGAUUUGAGAGGUCGACGAUAUGACUAUCUUUCACAUGUUCAUUGGAGUUUGUCAUCUUGAUAACGAUGUACCUGGACGACUCGAAUAGCUCGCUGGCCGGAAAGCCAGAUUUGAUCAUUAGUGUCGGAUGCGUGGACUUGGACUACGAACUAUUUGGGAUUCAAAUUACCGAAGGCACCGACAUCGCAAAUAUCGGACGAGAAGUUGGGUGAGAAUGACAAAGAUGUCGGGUAUUAGGUACCGAGAUGUUGAAUUUUCCAUUACACUCAAGAGUCUGCUCGUGCGUCUUACAGGCGAAUCUCCCAACACAUCAAACCAAUGGCUAGUAGUACGACACCAAGCACUGAGCUACCUCCCGGAGAGGAUGCCCCUUUUCAGACUGCGGCUAGAAUAGACUCGGCAAACCUGGACGAAAGUGCCCUUAUUGUCCAUGCUCAAGUUUUUCAAUAUAGCUGGUUGAGACGUUGGCGAGGCACAAUAAUCGCAGCGAGUCUAGCGGUUCUCAUUGCCCCUUUUUCGUCUCUAGGUAUUAGUUGGUUGUCACCGGCAGAAUCUCCUAUCGACCCAACAGACUAUGCCCUACGGACAAAGCAUAUACUAAAGACGACGCCGCUAAUUGAUGGUCACAAUGACUUUCCAUGGCUCCUCCGAGUUGAAUUGCACAACCGUAUUUACGAUGGGAGGUUUGAUCCAAAACAGCGUUUGCUGGGUCACACGGAUAUUGGUCGAAUGAGACGAGGGAUGAUGGGAGGUCAAUUCUGGAGCGUACACGUCAAAUGCGACGCGACGCAGAAACAUUUUGAGGAUCCAUCUUGGAUAGUGCGUGAUACUCUUGAGCAGAUUGAUGUGGCCAAGCGCUUUAUCGCAGAGUCCCCAGAGGUUUUCACCUACUGCGAAACUCCAUCAUGCGCCCGUGCUGCAUUUCGGAAUGGCCGUAUCGCUAGUAUGCUGGGUAUUGAGGGCGGUCACCAGCUUGGAGGUUCCAUCGCUGCCGUUCGCCAAGCGUACGACCUUGGCGUCCGGUAUAUCACAACUACGCAUAAUUGUGAUAAUGCAUGGGCAACAUCUGCUUCGACUGUCGCUCGUGGAGAUCCUGAUAAAGGACUUACGUCACUUGGCGCCGCCUAUGUUCGGGAGAUGAAUCGUCUGGGUAUGAUGAUUGAUCUCUCGCACGUUUCUCAUCAGACCAUGCGAGACGUUCUAUCUAUCACUCAAACACCUGUGAUAUUCUCCCACUCAGGAGCAUAUUCCGUAACCCCCCAUCUACGCAAUGUACCCGACGAUGUUCUUCGUAGCAUUCGCCGAAACGGGGGAAUCGUGAUGGCUGUAUUUGUGAAUCGCUUCUUAAAUAUGGAGGAUCCGGGGGCGGUUACAAUACACGACGUUGUAGAUCAUGUAUGGCAUCUCGCUCAAAUUGCAGGCUGGGAGCACGUUGGAAUUGGGUCCGAUUUCAGCGGAACCCCUUUUACCCCUAGCGGUCUUGAGGACGUUUCGAAAUACCCUGAUCUAAUCGAGCUUAUAAUGGCUCGUGGAGCUACUGACGAUCAAAUAAAGCUUCUAGUAGGAGAAAAUAUAUUACGCGUAUGGGAGUCGAUUGAGCGUAGAGCCCGAGAGAUCCAAGCCGAGGGUGAAAAGCCUGUUGAGGAGGAAUGGGAAGGUCGAAAGUGGCACAAGGGUUACAAGAACUCGCCUUACAUGUACCGAGAAACUCGAGAGAGGGCAGCACGAGAGGACUGGGGUCAACCCGACCAGUUUAACGUUGGCAAGUCCGGGAAACAUGGAAUCACAGUUAAGGACGAGAAAGACAUUUGAUAAACCCCAAGAUUUAAGUAUAUUACUGCCUGUAAAUAUUAAAGGGG